AUAUUUUAUAUACAUAUUUAAUAUGCUCCUCAGUGGUAAAAGACCAGCCAGCGGCGGAUUAAAAUAAUUAGAAUUAGCCAGCAAGCUGAAAAAGGCUAAUUCAACCUAAAUAAAAUGGGUGUAAAAUCACCACAUCUAUGACAAUGCAAAAAAAGAGGAGGAAGGAGAAACAGAUUUUUUUCAAAGGCUCAACCACACCUUCUUUCAGCCUCUCUAGAAAAGGCAAUGGCCGUGUUUUUACCGAGCAUGUAGAAGAAUGUUAUUAAUCAGAAUUUGGUCAAAUUCUAAUUAUGUGUCUAUGAUGGGUCAUACAGAUAUAAAGACUUCAAUGUGUUGUUGAUGGGCGUUUUUGAGAUCUCUAUUCUGUACGCCAACAUUAAACCCAUGCCUGAGAUUCAUGUGCACUCAUUUCAGCACAGAACUGUUUAAAAAAACUCAACUUUUGUAAAGUUUGACAUUUAAACAACAACAAAUCCACCGAAUCUCUAUUCCAACCAAAACACUGUGAAGUUGUUUUGCUGAAACUUCAGGUCCUCCCAAACCGGUUAGACGAGAUGUCAGAGGCGAUACUAGCAAAGGCAUUUGUCUGAAUAUUACCAACAAGAUGUGGGUCACGAACGUUUGCGAGACAUUUUGUCUUAACAUUAAAUACUGCACUUCAUAUGGACCUGGAAUAAAUAAAGCAACGCUGCAUUCAACAUAUAGAAAGCUUUCGGUGUGCUUCUAAACAUGCAUAUUUUAAUAAAAACGACAUUGCUCCAUUCAGGAAUUGACAAAGGAGCGUAAACUGAUCUCUCAUAUAUUUCAAACCCCUUUAUUGUCACAAAGCCGCUUGCGCCCUCAGUUUCUGCUGAUUCUCAUUCGGCUAGCAUGCUUUCUUCUCAACCCAGCGCGUUUACCACCUAAAUACGGUCUUAGCGUUUGGAGAAGCCACUAUUGAGAUGACGUCUAUGGACAUGCAGUUACUGGGCUGCGUCCUGGCCCUGUUCGGCUGGGCUGGAGUGAUAAUUGUGUGCGCCUUACCCACGUGGAAAGUCACGGCCUUCAUUGGCACCAACAUUGUGACCUCUCAGGUCUUCUGGGAGGGGAUCUGGAUGAGCUGCGUGGUGGAGAGCACCGGACAGAUGCAGUGCAAGGUCUACGACUCCAUGCUGGCUCUGAGCCCCGAUCUGAUAGCUGCCCGUGUCCUGCUGGUGUUUUCCAUCCUGGUGGGCAUCGCUGGGAUUCUCGUGGCGCUCGUCUCCGGGAAAUGCACCAACUUCAUAGCCGAGGAACGGGGAAAAGUGAAAGCGUCCAUCGUCGCCGGAGUGCUCCUGAUGGUCUCUGGAGUUCUGUGUGUUAUCGCCGUGUCCUGGACCGCCGUCAUUAUAGUGAACGACUUCUAUAACCCCCUGUUACUGGAUGCCCAGCGCAGGGAGCUGGGGGCUUCGCUGUACCUCGGCUGGGCCGCUGGGCUGCUUCUGCUGCUGGGAGGAGGGCUGCUCUGCAGUUCUUGCCCACCAAAAGAGAACUGUUCAGCGUCCGUCGUGUACAGUCCUGUAAAGAUGUCAAAGCCAUCCAGAGGAGACGACGCUCUUCUGAAGCACAUGGCUCCAGUAUCACGCUCUCCAACUCCUCCCAAGACCUACAUGUAGACCACCGGGCACUGCUUUCAAACUAUUUGAAAGAUUAUUUUGUGAUUUUGUGUUUUGAAAUGACUCUAUUUUGUAUGGGUGAAAUAUUUGGUGCACUUUUAGCUCUUUGAAUUGUCUUUCGUAAAUGCUGCACUUGUUUUUCAGCGAUGAUGCGCUCUUUUUUUAUUCAUUAAAUAUGCCCAUACUGCACAUCUUUUUUCUGGCCAAAAUUUAUUUUAAAUAUGUGGUGUAAAGAAAGAAUGAAAUAUACAGUUUGUUAGGCUGAAAAUAUGUUUAGUUUCAACUUUCUUAUAUGUUAUAUAUGACUGUAAAUAUAUGUUUACAUUUCCAAUCUUUAGUAGAAAUGCAAAUGUGGACUGAAGAGA